CAUGGAUGCUUUCCAAGCAAGGGCGGUGGCUGUGUGGGCUACAUCUAUUUGCACGUGACUAGUUGGAGCCUUCUCUUUUCGGAAAUCCGACUCUCGUUUCGUUCUGUUCCCCAUGUCCGCCCAAAAAGUUUCCUUCACUGUUCGCCGACCGACACCUGUAUCCAGAGCAUCCUCUGGCGCAGAAUCCGAUUCUUCCUUUAAGAUUCCUUCCCUACCACAUCAUAAACUCUCCCGUCAUCUAAAUGACUCGUCUCCCGGUAGCCCACUGGCUCGCAGUGCCAAUUCCUCUCCAAGACCAGUGUCUGGAUACUAUGACGGGCAGCCGGAUUCCAGUGAUGAGGAGGAUGAAGAGCAGGAUGAGUUGGUGACUGCAUUUGAUAGAUUUGGUGCUCAGCGAGUCAAUAAACCCAAGAAAGUUCAUCAAGGACCGCUUGUCAUACCUGCCUUGAAGAACAAAGACUGGCGGGAGCUUGCCCGCAAGCGGCGUAGUGCAAACCAAUACGUUCCUUCCUCUGGUCAAGCACGCACGGGCGCUGAUGGCAGCGUUGGUGGCAUGGGGACCAGAGAUAGUAUAAAUUCGGGCCCCGUUCUAUCUGGAUUGCAGAUGAGGAAUAAGGUAGUCAAAGUCGAACAAGGCGCCGUUCAGGAAAUGGAAGUUCAGACAGAGGACGUUCAAAUGGAGGAGACGGAGGACCAGAAAGCGCUGCGCGCUAUCCUUGCCGGGGACACUGAAGGAAUAGACGGCCCCCAGAUUGACAUUAUCCCAACUCCCAUAUCAGAGGACGAUGCCUAUAAACAGGAUAUUGAUGAGCUCCCGGAUCCUGCAACCCUCGCCGACUACAAUCGGGUGCCCGUCUCCCAGUUUGGAGCAGCAAUGUUGAGAGGUAUGGGAUGGAAGGAGGGUACGGCAGCCACGAGAAAGGGAGGGAAAGGGAUGGUGGAACCCUAUUUACCCGAGGCUCGCCCUGCACUUUUAGGCAUCGGCGCAAAAGAGCAGGAGGUCUACGAUGACGGAUCUGGGAAAAGGAAUGGCAACAAACGUCCAGACCGCAGAUAUGUCCCCGUCGUGAAGAUGUCCAAGGACGAGAAUGGCGAAAAACGCAGAGAGCGCUCUGUGUCACCCAGGCGUGGCUACGAUUCGUCAAGGUCAUCGAGAAGAAACUCUCCAGACCGGUACGAUGACAGAUGGAGUAGCAAACCGAGUCGGCGGGAUGAUGACUAUGACCGUGAGAGCAGAAGAAGAGACAAGGAGCGAGACCGCGACUACGACAGACGGGACCGACGACGGGAUGAUAGAGAUAGAGAUAGACGGCGUGAGCGUUCUUAGGGCAGGGUUGCAGGCAAUGGUAUUUGCUCUGUAUCAUUAUCUACGCAGGUGUACUAUCCUUUGAUACAACUUUGGUAUAUUUCUGCAAGAAAGAAAAAAAAA